AUGCAUCUUCUCGUAUUUCUUUUUCUUAUAAUUGGAUGUUUAUGUGACAUAGAAGUAUUGAUCGAUCAAAAAGGUGCAUAUAAUAUUAGUAUAAACACUCGCUUAUGGCUUCGGUCAUCUCAUACAGCUUUAUAUGUAGACAAUAAAUGGUAUUCAUCAGCUGAUAAUUCACUUCCCUUAAUUAAUAUAACUUAUGCACAAGGUUAUGAUCUAAAUUUAGGUAGUUGGAAUGAAACUCGAUUGAUUUAUGAUCUUCUUCGAAAUGAAACCCGUACAAAUAUAGUUGGUCAUAUUCGUCAAUGGAGUUUAGUUUCAGCAAUAACAUUUCAUUUGGAUACUGGUGAUCAAAUUAUGACAAACACAAUUUCUCUCGACAUGAAACAUGUUCGUACAAUUUUUCCAUCAUUUAAUAUUGAACAGAUUGAUAUAAAUGAUCAACGAGGUUAUUUUACAUUUGAAGGAAUUAUGGCAGGUGAUGGUGACAACCAUGCAGGUUUUUGGAAUUCAUCGAGUAAAGUCAUUCAUUCGGGCAUGCAAAGUGGUCCAGUCGUUCUUUUUAAUUUGACUCAACGAGGAGAAGAUGAUGUGUUAGUUCUUUCACCUUUUUCUCGAUUCAUGGCCACUUCAUUGAGUCAAAAGGACAACAUUUUACAAUACGGUGUUUUGGGUUCAAUAUUAACAAUAUCAGCAAAUUAUAAUCAUUCUAUGAUUGUUUUCUAUUCAUCACAUGGUAUAAAUCAAUGUAUUAGAGAAUGGGGUGAAACUAUGCAACGAGUAUAUAAUCGAACUAAUCAAUAUCGUCUCAACGAUCUUACCAUCAAUUAUCUUGGCUAUUAUACGGAUGCUGGUGGUUAUUAUUAUUAUAAUACAGAACAAGAAAUUAAUUAUGAAGAAACAAUAGUUGAUAUUCACCAACAGAUUCUACUUCCAUUACAUUACAUUCAACUUGAUUCAUGGUGGUAUUAUCAAGGUAUAAAAAAUGGAGUUACUCAAUGGACAGCUCGUCCAGAUAUCUUUCCUGAUGGUCUUCAAGUCGUACAUCGUCGAUUAGAAAAUAUUAGUUUAGCUGCACAUAAUCGAUAUUGGGCAAUUGAUAAUGUUUAUCAAGAGAAAUAUUCUUUUAUUCUUGAUGAAAUUAAUGAAAAAUCAUUACCAAUUGGAAAUGAUUCAUUUUGGAUUGAUUUAUUUACACAAGCACAUAAUUGGGGUCUUAUUCUUUAUGAACAAGAUUGGCUUAUUGUACAAACAAUUCAUUUUAUACCAACAUGUACUGAUAUUCAUCUUGGACAUCAAUGGUUAAUGUCAAUGGGUGAAGCAGCUGAGAUGAUAGACAUAAAUAUUCAAUAUUGUAUGAGUUUACCUCGUCAUAUUCUAACAGCUUUACAAAUUCCACGUGUUACACAAACACGAGUUUCAACUGAUUAUUCUUUUCAUCUAACUGGUAAAGUACAACAAUGGACUAUAGGAAUAUCUAGUAUGUUUGUUGAUGCACUUGGUCUUGCACCUUUCAAAGAUGUUUUUUGGUCUACUUCAUUACAACCCGAUGCUCCUUAUGAUCCAUCUCCUAUGGAAAUACUUCCUGAACGAGAAAUUCUUAUUGCUACUUUAUCAACAGGACCUGUUGGAUCAGGUGAUGCCAUUAAUUAUACAAACGUAUCACGUGUUAUGAAAUGUUGUCGUCAAGAUGGUUUGAUUUUGAAACCCGAUCGACCACUCACAAUGAUUAAUACAUUAAUUUCUGAUUGGGCUUUUUACAAUAAUGUUUCACAAGUAAUGAUCAAACAUUCCAUGUAA